AUGAGCGAGGAGCGUCGCUUGGGCAAGGAACUGAAUGCGAAGCUGGCGUCGGCUGCGUGGCAGGAGCAUUGCGACAUGAGCAGCGCGGGCGAAAAGUUCACCGAUGGCUUCGUGGAUGCAGCACUCACCGUUUACUUUCGCGUCUUGGCAGACGAUGAGUGCAGGACCAUAGUCAUGGACGCUGAGAACACCUGGGGGAAGCGCACCCCAUGGGACAGCGCGCACAAGCUCGAGGCGGCCGCGAAGAAGUGUGGCCAGAGGGAGCAGGGCGUGAUCAACCUGAGGUGGGUGCUGCACGGGGUGACGGACUUGGUGACGAAUGGGCACCAGCCCGCGUCUGCUUUCAGCGUCCGUGCGUUGUCAGGAAAGGGCAUGCCGAACAACAGGGGGAUGGCCGACCUCAUCCUUUACAAGAUGCAGGUCAUGAAAUACUGUUUGGCAAGCGUGCUGGCUCCUCUGAAUUACGACAGCGAGGAGAAGGGGCUGGUGGCUUCGUGCAUUGGAUCUCAUGGCAAGUACCGUUCUGUCUUCGGAUAUGAUCACGAGCAGCUCUCCAAGGUCUGGCUUCACAAACACGCGAAGCCUCUGCAAGAGCUCAUCAAGAUGUUCGCGGACAGAGGCAUGCGCAACGAGCUGGUGCAUGGCAUCGACUACGACGGCCCCAUCAAGAACGCGGUUCGCUUCAACAGCUCCAUGGAGGAGCUGUUCGACAGGACGGAGAUCAAAGAAGUGUUGACCAGACUGAUCGAGCAAUCGCACAGCCAUCUCGGUACUGUUCCGGAGUCGGCUCGCCGGGCGCCAGUGGAAGUCACCGAUGACGCAGAGAACCAUUCCAUCGCGCUCGGCUUCGCCAUGAAGAAGGGGGGCCCAGGUAGCCUCUCGGACCGCCUUGGUGAGCAGACAGCCAGCAUGAGGGAUGUGCUCGAGAAGAAAUGGAAGAUCUUCGAGAAAUUGGCUUGCUUGUCAGAGGAUGCUAAGCACACGCUCGAGACCAUCGAGACCGCUGCCCGUCAGAAAGUUUCGGACCACGUUGCCAUCAUCGUGGAAGGCAGCACGAGCCAAGCUAUGGGCAAUCUCAUCAGCAAUACUUUCGUUGGGGGGCUCAGGGGAGACGAUCACAAGAAAGUGCUCAUUAUUUAUGAUAACAAGCAGGCGGGCGAAUCCAUGACAGCUCCCCACAUUCGCAUGCCAUCGUUCAAGUCAGAUCGGCUGAAAAAGAUGAUGAUUUUGCCUGUGGCUGUUCCGCCUGACUAG